AUGAAUAAAUUUAAUAUCUUGAUAUUAUUAUGGUUACUGAUAUUGUAUUUCAAUUGUUUUAUCUUAAUUAAAGGACAAGAUGAUAAACCGAUUGAAAAUAAAAAAUAUACUACUAUAAAUCAUCUAGAAGAAGAACAAGGUCUUGAAGCAUAUAGAUUGUUACUAAAUAAAGAUGGUGGAUCAUUAAUAAUAAUGGUUAAAUGGUUGAAUUCAAGUUGUAUUGAACCUAGGAUAAUCUUUCGAGUUUUAAAAAAAAAUGGUGAAAUUAAAUCAAUAGAAAUCCCAAAUAAUAAUUAUAUCCCCGAUUUUAAUUUUUGUUUGGUAAAGAAUUUUGAGGGAGUGGAAGAAUUAAUUGUCAAAUGGUAUGCUUUGCAACCACAUCAACUUUUAAUCACUUACUUAAAUUCUAGCGAUAUCAACGAGGCUACUUAUUAUGGUCUUUUGUUUUCUCUGGAAGGAGAUUAUGUAAAUACGAUCGUUUUAUCAGCGGCGUAUAUAAAACGUGAGGAAUUAUUGCCCAAUGCAAAAGUGGUUGUAAAUUUGCAACAGGGAGGAGGAUUUUUAUUCGUAGAUUACUUAUCAAAUACAUAUAAUAUACACUGGAUUCAUUUUAGUGAUCCGAACGUAAAUGGAACAUGUCAGAUUUUGCAAAACGGAAUGAUAGAACAAGCUACAAGGAUUAAUAAUAAUUUACCAAUUCAUUAUGAUGCAUUUUCAUUAAUGUUGGAAGGAGGGUUUGGUAUAAUAUUCUCAAAUAGGUCACAACCAUUAAUAGUGAACGAAUCUAAUAAUAGAAUGCUUUCAAAUGCUGAAAAAUUACAUUGGAAAUUCAAAAUGAUUUCAAAUAUGAAUGAUUUUAUUACGGACCCCCCUUUACACGUUUAUGUUACAAUGAUUAACAAUGCAGGGAAUAAUGAAAUUAUUGGUCCAUUUCUUAUUUAUCAAACUCCUUUACCAGACCUUAGAGUUGAUUAUAUGGUUUGUGAUGUCGCUUACGUUAGUGUUGGGUAUAUUUGUAUACUUAAAUUAGUUAGUAGCAUGAAUCAAGAAUAUUGGCUUAAAUUAUCUUUCUUGUCUUAUGGAUCAGUAAGUCAUAUUGAUAAGAUAGUAGCAGAUUUGGCUAUGAAAGGGCUGCCUAACCUCGUGAAAGAUUACGGAUACGAUAAUCCAAACAUAGUAGGAACCGAUCCACCAAAUAAUGCAACAAUUCCAUUACGAUCACACAUUGUAAAAAUAUUUUUUAAGAUUAGAGUAGAACUUUCGACCAAAUAUAUUGUAAUAUAUAGAUCAACAAAUACCGAAGAAAAGUUUCGACAAAAAAUGGUGGCAAAUGAUAAUAGAUAUGUUACAUUAAGUGAUGAUGGCAUGACUUUAAAUAUACAGGUUUUGGAAUGUACUUUCAAUACUCCUAAUGCUGGAUAUUUUGUUAGACUCGAAUAUAAUUCUAUCAAAGAUGCUGAUAAUAAAGAACCUUUGUUUGGAAUUAAAGCAAAUGUUUACCGGUUAACUACAGCCAAUGAAAAACCAGACACGAAAAUUUUUACUCCUUCAAUAAAAGGCAUAUUAAGAUUGACAUCAAAUGGAACAGAAUAUUUCGAAUCUUUAACGCAAAUAGGAAAAGAUGAUUUUUUACAAAAUUUAUUGAAAUGUGUUUCAGAAUCAGUUCCAGUUGAUCUUAGUAGAUUAUCGUUAGCAAAGUGUUGUCAGAUUUAUGAAGCUCCAGCUAAUAAUGAGAAACAAAUUAUUAUUGGCAUACGUAUUGCUCAAACUAAAGAUUUGAAUUCGCCAAGUACUUAUCAAAUUAUGAAAGACCUUGAUAUGAUGAUUAAAAGUCCUAUUUCUUACACGAGCCAAUGCAAUGGUUCGGAACAUAUUGAUAAUACUUAUGGUUUUGAACAAGGAGGUGAUUUCUUUGAGGAGAAGAAAUAUGAACUUCUUGGGGUUGGAUCAACUUUUGGUCUAAUAUCUGCGGGUCUAUUUGUUUUAAAAUUAAAACAUCGCGAGGCCAAUUUGUACGCAUUAAUAAGGGCGGCUUUCUCUUUAAUCGAUUUUGUUGUGGAUUUUCUGUUUUUAAUUAACAAUGCUCCUAACGUACCUUCGCUUUAUGUUCCGACGUUGAUAAUUUUUAUAUUACCGUUAAUUAUAAAUAUGAUAUCGAGUAUUAAAUUGUUAAUUAAAGAAAUAACUUCAAAUCCCCCGUUUUAUGAAUGGGUUAAAGAAUAUACUGGUAUAUUAGGGAUAUUUACUCUAAUAUCGUGUAUGGAAAUUGAAGUAUUAAAUAUACUUGUAUCUAAUCUUGGUGGACUAAAUUAUUUUAAUGCUCCUUUAACUGAUAAUUCAUUAGAAUUGAUUUUUAGAGUAAGUUCAGUUUGUUUCUUUAUUGAGGAUAUUCCUCAACUCGUAAUCAUGAUAAUAUAUACGCAGAAAAUUGUUAAAUAUAAUGUUAUUCAAGUCAUUGCGGUUUUGUCAAGUGUUUUGGUUGUAUUAUUAGGUCUUAUUACAAGAAUUUAUAAAGCUCUUGUGCAUUUUAAGGAUACCUACUACGACACCCAAUCACAAGAUGAUUUGAUGAUGUCAACUAACAUGCAACUUGGACAGAUGUCAUCAUCGUUACAACGGGCUAGUACACAAUCACGAUCUUCACAACAGUUGCAUCCUCUUUCACCGAGGCAACAGUAUUCACCUCAGCCUCUACAAUCUGUUGCAAACGAGGAUUUGAUGGAUAUUGACUCGGAUACACGAUCAUCGACUUUAGAGCAAAAGACUGCGGAAAGUCUGGCAGCAAGCGCGGCAGCUGCUGCAGUUCCUCAACAGGUCCCUCCGAUAGCUCCUUUUGCAUUCAUUUAUGGCAAUAUUUCAAGCUACCCUGAAAUUUCCACAUCAAAUGCGAUGGAUUUUGACAUGGAAGAUGCGAGUUCUCAACAUCUCUUACCGAAACGAAAAGUUCAGCAAUUAGUUGAUCAAAUAGAUCCAAAAGAGAGGUUGGAGCCGGAAGUUGAAGAAAUUCUCAUUGAACUUGCGGACGAAUUGAUUUCAUCGGUGGUUUCAUUUGCGUGUUUGCUAGCCAAGCAUCGCAAAUCAGAAACUUUAGAGGUGAAGGAUCUUCAGCUUCAUCUAGGUUUUGCAUCCGAUGAAAUCAGGUCGGUUAGGAAGCCAGUCGUUCCCGUCGGGCAUCAACAAACGCUUGCGGCUGUGAUGCAAGCAAAGGCCAACAAGGCCAUGUCGGUCCAUCCAACCAAAUAG